AUGCUGCAUUACAAUCUCCUGGCAAUAUUGUCAGCCUUGCUGGGCAUUGCUGCUGGUGCCAACAUUUUUGCUGCCCAUUACAGCGGGACAGUAAACAGCCUGACACUGACUUCGACGAGCAAUGGGGCAUACUCGCUAGCACUAAACAGUUCUCUGUCAAUCGGAGGACAACCAAGUUGGAUGACAUGGGACUCAUCAAGCAGAACAAUAUACUUGCCCGACGAAACUGGCUUUGGAACUGCUUCGAGCUUCGCAGUUUCGGCAGCAACAAAUGGCCGAUUAACACUGCUCGGCAAAGCGACUGGUGUACCACUUGGAGGAGUUGCAAAUGUGUUAUAUGGUUCGGGAUACAUAGCAACGGCACACUACCAGACGUCAACAAUCUCAACUUUGAAAUUACCUCUGUCUUCCUCCUCAAAGACGCUCCAGAAUCUCAAGUAUACCAUGAACGGAAGAGGACCGGUCCCAUCUAGACAGGAUGCACCUCAUCCUCACCACGUCUUUUCUGAUCCGACAGGCGCUUUCCUUCUAGCUCCAGAUCUUGGCGCAGACCUCAUUCGGAUCUACAAAAUCGACAGUACAUCAGGAAAACUCAACGAUUGCCCAAGCUAUGUGGAGCCUGGCGGAACAGGUCCUCGACAUGGCGUCUUCUGGGGUAAAGACGUCCUCUAUGUUGCCAAUGAGCUUGCAAAUACAGUCCACGCAUUUGCCGUGACGUAUCCAGCGUCUGGAUGUCUCACUCUGACCAGGACUCAGUCCUUGACGAGUUUGCCGGGUAAUAGGACCGCACCGACUGGAAGCAAGAUUGGAGAGAUUCAUGUGAAGGAUAAUUUCCUGUAUGUCUCGAAUCGAAGGGAUCUGUCUUUCUCGCCAAAUGACUCGAUUGCCACAUUUUCGCUCAGCACCACCGGCGUGAUGGCUUUCCUGGACAUCAUUUCUUCUGGAGGCACAUAUCCUCGGACAUUUUCAAUUAACAAUGCUGGAGACUUGAUGGCCAUUGGUGACCAGACUACGGCAAAUGUUGUGGUGGUGAGAAGGGAUCCUGUGACCGGGAGACUUGGUCCCCAGGUAGCAAGUCUACGGGUUGGCGUAACUGGUAAUGCUGAAAAUGAUGAUGGAUUAAGUAGUGUGUUAUGGGACGAGUAGCUGCUGGUAGGAGAAUGAUCAUAUCCUAGAAGCUGUGCUCCAACACCAAGACAAUCGUGAGAACUGGAAACACAUUCUUUAUAUGACACCUUUGGCCAUGUAUGAAUCAAUCCACGUUGAGUAUUUCGUCGGAAUAUCUACAGAGAGUGACAACAAUAUAGCUUUGCGUAUGUGAUAAAUGUGCCUGUAGCUGGGUGGAUGUUGGUGAGAGCAGAGAC